UGCUGCUGGUGAUACUGCACCCACCAUAGAGAGAGUCUGCAAAACAGCUUUGGCAAAAGAUGCCGUGAAGAUCCGCAGAAAAAAUAACGGGAAAGGAAGUGAAGUUGUUCUUAACUGCAUAUCGGGACGUUUGACGAGGAGCUUUGGGAUAUAUUUGCUCAGAUUGGCUUAAUUACCGAGGCAAUUGUGGAGCCAUGCGUUAUCGGAAAGCUGGAUGAAACUUGCAGGUGUUUUCCGACAGGCGUCGCACUGACAGGCUGCUGUUUCAUUGGGGGAAAUAUCCUGUCUUCUUGAGUUAAAUAUGUUUUCUGUCUUUAGAUCAGAAUUGUAUACACCAGUUUGCCUGUAGCAAUGCUAUGGUGAUUGUUUCGCGUGGGUCUUGAAGCUGAAUUAAGAGACGUGAAACUGGAUUGCGCUGAUCAAGCAGCACGAUAAAUACAUUUUAAAUUAUUUUCGGAUCAGAUUAUAACAUAAGACAUGAAGUUCAAAACACAUAAACUUCAUUCUAUCACAAUGUAGGCAUAACAAGUUGUUCUUGAACUGUUACAAGCAUGCAUCAAUAAACUUACACGGGCAUAUGAGAUGCAGAGACGUGAAGUCAUGCUUAUGUGUUCGUCAAACUGUUGCUAGAUCUUCAUUUGUAGUUUUAGGAUUUAAAAAUAAUGCUUGAUCAGCAUAUAGCCAACUGACUGAGUCAAAGUCAAGCCAUGUGCUGGGGAGCCUUUCUAAUUUGAUGUUUAUGGCCCUUUGGGGCAAAAACUAGUAUAGUUAUUCAGGACUGUAUGGGUUAAAUGGGUUGUUUUAUGGACAACGUGACUGGAUUAUGUUUAUGUAGGCUAGUUAAACACCAGGCAUUUGAGAUGAGAAGAGUCAAUGGUUUUGCGAAUGUUCCAUAAUGCACAAUAGCCUACCGAGAACAGAUUCAGACACUUGAGAGCAGUUUUGACAUUUCUCAUGGACUCAUGCUCGCCAAGGUGCACUCGAUCACUAUCCACUCUUACUAUCGGAUUAUGGAUUUAUUUCUUAUCAGCGAGUCAUGCGCUCAGCAUAUGCUGUUUUCUUCUGCGAGAUGUUUCGGCGCGUGCCCCUCUCUUUAACUUGACAAUUCUAUGAGCUUUUCUAUCUACAUUAACGAACUGGGGAACUUGCUGCUUUAGCAAGUGACAGUUUCUCCAAGACACUGACAGCAGAUGAGGGAGAAACGUUUGUGUUGCUGUUUCCAUGCGUGACAAUCCCACAAGGACAUACUGGAGUAAUUAUGCCCUUAAGAAAACGAGACACAGUCAGGGCUAUAAGCCUCAUGGAGGACUACUGCUCCAAACUGAAGAAACCAGAGGAACAAAAGCUCAAAACUGCCAUCUUAAGAGUCACGGGCAUUUUCAAAAGCAGUCUUUUCCAGGCUCUCAUAGAUAUCCAGGAGUUUUAUGAAGUGACCCUGCUGAACUCUCAGAAGAGCUGUGAGCAGAAGUUGGUGGAGGUGAAUCACAUGGCUAAGCAGUGGGAACACACUGCCACCAGUUCGACAUUACCCACCGAGGGUCCGCAGCCAGCUUCCACACCGCCAGAGCUGAGAGGGAAGAGCCAUAUGGAGCUGGCAGUGGAGGAGCCUGCUGUAGGAACCACCAAUACAGAGAACAGGCCUCCGGCGGUACAGGGCUCGCAGCACCAAAGCCAAUCUCCAGCAUGUAUGAAUCCUGCCCUGAUGAACUCCCCCUGGUACCGGUAUCAGGAUGAAGAUUCCCCUCCCCUGGAACACAACUUCCCGCGGCUCACCAAUGAAGUUCGAGCGCCGGAGCUGGUGCACGUGUCGGAGAAGAACCUAUCAGAAAUCGAGAAUGUGCACGGCUAUGUUUCCCACUCUCACAUUUCACCGCUUAAGCCUGCGCUGGUUACCCGGUUUGAUCUAACAUACCCAGGGGUGACCGCAGCAAACUACCUGGCAAGUCCUGCUCCAAUUAUUGUCAACACGGACACUUUGGAAUCUGUACCAUACGUAAAUGGGACAGAAAUUGAAUAUGAAUUUGAAGAGAUUACAUUAGAGCGGGGAAACUCAGGGUUGGGGUUUAGUAUAGCGGGUGGAACAGAUAACCCUCACAUCGGCGAUGAUCCCGGGAUCUUCAUCACGAAGAUCAUCCCUGGGGGAGCGGCGGCUGAGGACGGCAGACUCAGAGUGAAUGACUGUAUUUUGCGUGUGAACGAAUCAGAUGUCUCCGAGGUGUCUCACAGUAAGGCAGUGGAGGCUCUGAAAGCGGCCGGAUCGAUCGUGAGGCUCUAUGUGCGCAGGAGGAGACCAAUGCUGGAGACCGUCACCGAAAUCAAACUCAUAAAAGGACCAAAAGGGCUCGGCUUCAGUAUCGCAGGUGGUGUGGGAAACCAGCACAUCCCCGGUGAUAACAGCAUUUAUGUCACUAAAAUAAUUGAUGGGGGCGCUGCGCAGAAAGACGGACGGUUACAAGUUGGAGACAGACUGCUUAUGGUGAAUAACUACACUCUGGAAGAGGUGACCCAUGAAGAAGCAGUGGCCAUAUUGAAGAACACGUCAGAUGUAGUAUACCUGAAGGUUGGGAAACCCACUAGUGUCUAUCUCUCAGACCCCUAUGGGCCGCCUGAUAUCACACACUCAUUCUCACCCGCAAUGGAAAAUCAUAUCUCUUCCCCCGGUAAUAACGGCACUCUGGAAUAUAAGUCCAGUCUUCCGCCCAUCUCCCCCGGCCGAUAUUCCCCCCUGCCCAAGCACUUGCUGGGGGAAGAGGACAUUAACAGGUUGGAUGGUUUUUCCUUCCUACGAAAUCCCUCGUUAGAUGAGAUGGAAGGUCACAGGUUUGAUUCCCAACACUUCCAGUUGAGGCCUCCAGAGCCAGUUUACAGCACUGUGAACAAACUGAGUGACCGAGCCCCCUCUCCCCGUCUCUACUCCCCCGUGGAGUUUGAUAAAAGCCCCAUGCACUCAAUCCCCCACUUCCCUCACUAUCACGUAGGCCUGCUCCCUGACUCCGAGAUCACCAGGGAGCCCAGAAAGAUCAUUCUGCACAAGGGCUCGACCGGGCUGGGCUUUAACAUCGUCGGAGGAGAAGAUGGAGAAGGCAUUUUCGUCUCCUUCAUACUCGCAGGAGGGCCAGCAGACCUCAGCGGAGAGCUACGGAGAGGAGACCAGAUCCUAUCCGUUAAUGGAAUCGAUCUUCGAGGUGCCACUCAUGAACAAGCCGCAGCUGCACUGAAAGGAGCGGGGCAGACGGUAACCAUCAUCGCCCAAUACCGGCCCGAGGAACUUGCCCUGUGCUCCCCACGCCAGGCCCCGCCUCCAACUGCAGAAUACGGGCGUUUCGAGGCCAAAAUUCAUGACUUACGGGAGCAGAUGAUGAACCACAGCAUGAGUUCCGGAUCCGGAUCCCUCAGAACCAAUCAGAAACGCUCACUCUAUGUCAGGGCUCUGUUUGACUACGAGAGAGCGAAGGAUAGUGGUCUGCCCAGUCAGGGUCUCAGUUUCCGAUAUGGAGACAUUCUCCAUGUCAUCAAUGCAUCUGAUGAUGAGUGGUGGCAGGCCAGGAGAGUGACGCCAGAAGGGGACAGUGAAGAGAUGGGUGUCAUCCCCAGCAAGAGGAGGGUCGAGAGAAAAGAGAGAGCUCGACUGAAGACGGUUAAAUUCAACGCAAAACCUGGUAGCCUCGAUUCUAAAGGGUCAUUCAGUGAAAAACGUAGAAAGAACUUCAUCUUUUCACGCAAGUUCCCUUUCUACAAGAACAAGGACGCCGACGAGCAAGACGGCAGCGACUCGGAAAGGAGUCAAGAGGAACUGAUCCUCUCGUAUGAGCCUGUCAUCAGACAAGAGAUUAAUUACGCCCGACCAGUUAUAAUUUUGGGGCCCAUGAAGGACAGGGUCAACGAUGACCUCAUCUCCGAGUUCCCGGACAAGUUUGGGUCAUGUGUGCCACCGGCUAACAGUUCUGAUCAAGAAGAUACUACCAGAUCAAAGCGGGAUUAUGAAGUGGAUGGGAGAGAUUAUCACUUUGUAAAUUCACGAGAGCAGAUGGAGAAAGACAUCCAAGAGCACAAGUUCAUCGAGGCUGGACAGUACAAUGAAAAUCUGUACGGAACCAGCGUCCAGUCUGUCAAAUAUGUGGCGGAGAGGGGAAAGCACUGCAUACUUGACGUGUCUGGGAAUGCCAUAAAACGACUACAAGUAGCACAACUCUACCCCAUUGCCAUCUUUAUAAAGCCUAGAUCCAUGGAGUCCUUAAUGGAGAUGAAUAAGAGGUUGACGGAGGAACAGGCCAAAAAGACAUAUGACCGUGCCAUGAAAUUGGAGCAGGAGUUUGGCGAGUACUUCACAGCGCUGGUUCAAGGGGAAACACUAGAGGACAUUUAUAACCAGUGUAAGAUGGUGAUAGAGGAACAGUCUGGACCUUACAUCUGGAUUCCUUCAAAAGAAAAACUAUAAAAAAAAUCACUUUUCCCUGGCAGGGACCUUGGACUGCAAAAAAAACAACAACAACGACAAAAAAAAAACAUAGGAAUAAUUUGUAAUAUAAUAUAAAUUAUUAUUAUGGCAAUGUUUAUUGUUAACUCUUACAGUGAUUUUUUUUUUCUCUUGUUUGUUCGUUCGUUUAUUUUAUGUUGCAUUUUUUCACUUUUAAUAUGAAUGUUCCUGAAUGUACACCACAAAGUGUUAGAGGCAUCUUUGUUUGCAUAUUUAUUGGUUAGCAUUUUAAUUUAAGGAAAAAAGGAAACAAAAUUUAGCAUUCUUCAAACAAUCUUCAGUUCGGAAGGACAAGUAGGGUUAGAUCAUCACGGAUGAUUUCCACACACCAUCACCACCUCCAAGAAGAAGAAAAAAAAUCAAUGUUGAUAUCAGCUUUUGUCACUUUUCACCCAAUCGGUUGGUUUCACACACCUCCCAGACUCAUUUCACAAACUCAGCAUCUAUGCACUGCUGUGGCUAACAACACACACAUUGAUUGUGUUCUUUUAUUAUUUUGUUCGUUUUGUUUUGUACAGACAUCCGUUUUAUUUUGGUUCAAAUUGUACAUGAAUUCUUACGGAUCCUUUCGGAAAGGUUUCUUGUGAUUAAAAGAUGCUUUAGUUAGUGUAAACGGCUGAGGGGAUUCAACUAGCUGUAGGAAAUAUGACAUUAUAUUUUGCUAUUUAUAUUGAUAGAGGACACAACAGCACAGAAAAUAUUUAUAAAGAUGAUAUAUAACUUUGUCUAAAGAAUCAUUUUGGAAAAGAGACUUGGUACUGGUACUGGUGUAUCAUAUUGUGCCGUUGCUGUUGUGCUGGCGAGAAUGAAAGGUAACGAGUGUGUGUUUUCCCUGAACAAAACGCCCCCUGAUCCGUCCAAUUCGGGAAUCUGCUAAUUCUAAACUGAGCGAGAGUUCUGAAAUCCCAAGAGCUCCGAGAUUAAAUUGGCUGAGAAUUUGAAUUGUGUUUCAGCUUUGUUCAGUCUGGAUAACAGGAAGGAGAAUCAUUCAUUGAACGGCCUCCCUCAAGCACCCUCUAAAGUGUUUACAGUACCUCGACUACAGUUCAGAGAAAUUGAGGGCCAAAGGGAUAAGAGCUUUUACGUAAAUGUAGUAUAAAGAUCUCUGAAACAUUUUAGUUUGUUCCGUUUUUUUUGUUUUUUUUUCCAUUUUGGCAUGCUUUACACUUGUGGACAUGACCUUGGCUUAUAGUCCACUCAUUCACAGUGCAUACUUCGGUCAUUCUUGCCCUUUACAUGUCUAGUUCAGAGAGAUAUAUCCGUCCUUCUACUUUAAUAGUAAAGCUCUCGCCAUUUUUGGAAACUACAAAUGCCAAAAGCCAUUAACUCGUUUCAAAUGUGGGGGGAAUUAUUUGCAAUAUUUAUUGGGAGAUGUUACAGCACGGUUCUGUGGCAAGAGUCUUUUGACCUACUGGUCACCACUUGCCUUAAAAAAGGGAAGAGGCUUUUCGGGCCAUUUUUUUACGCUUUCUUGAAGACUGAGCACUUUUGUAUAUUUGAGAAAUUAUUCACAGAGUGUGUUCAACCAGAUAGUGGACACAGAGGGGGAUUUUCAGAAGAGAGGGACUGAAUAUCACAGUGAAGCUCUUCAGGGUGUAAUAUGAAUUAUGACAAUGUAAGCCAUGGAUGGCAUCAGUGACUAUCAGACUAUAAAUUGAACAUUUGAAAUGCUGUGAAAAUAUUUUUUCUCUUCUACACGUGUACAUCUUCCCCUCCCCCCUUAUUCAAUGUGAUUGUUCUAUCAUCUGUAGCAUAUCAUUUUCUAAAUUUAUUUCUUAAUGCACACAAUGGAUCUUGAAAGCAUCUCAUUUUUCGGAUUUUGGGUUCUCUUCACAUGAUUAUUAGGUAAUCAAAAAUGCAUCUCAAUUACUGAUGCAGUGGCUUUCAUGAAAAAUCAAAACCCUGCACUUGAACAAGGCUCUCCGAAGCCUUAUGGUGCUCACACACAUAGUCUGAUUUGGUCCAUUAAUUCCAAGUGAAUGUUCAGCUUAGUCAAACGUGCUGAAAUGGGGUUGUUUUUGUCUCAGGGUUGCCAGAUAGGGCUUAAUCACUGAUAUUAAACCUUCAGAUCAAAGUGCAUCUGUUUAUCACACAAAUCUCAAAUGUUUUAUUCCUGAUACCUGCGUUGCAUUUAGUCUGAUUCUUUUGGUUCGCUUUGUGAUUUAUUUAUCGCCGAGUGGGCGAUGCAAAAUAUUUUCCACGCAUUGUUUCUUUUUUUUCUCCCCUGAAACCCAAAUGAUAUGUGCAAUUUUGUAUAUAAAUAUCUGUUUGCACUUAUUGUAGUUGUAUAGGAGAUCUUUAAUUAACACUGUCCCCAAACCUAUUUGUUUUUUUCUAUUUAUAUCACAGGAGAUUAAAGUUAAAUCAUUAAAGACUUACAUCCCCCUUC